UAAAUAUUAUAGACCUGUUUUCUCCUCCUAUUUGCGCUGCUGGCUGUGAUCUCGCUCAUUCAGUUAGUUCUACAACCUGACGCUGUCAAGAUGAUGACAUAUCAGACUGAAGUGAUCAACACACAGCCUCAGGUGACAAUCACUAAUUAUACUGUCUCCACUGGUUCCUCUGACUGGAGCUCCAGUGUCUGUGACUGCUGUGAUGACUGUGGCAUCUGCCUCUGUGGCACUUUUAUUCCCUGCAUCCUGGGUUGUAAUGUGGCACAGAAUCAUGGGGAAACUUGCUGCCUACCCUUUCUGCCUGGAGCCAUGAUUGCUCUGAGGACCAGCAUUCGUGACAAAUUCCAGAUUAAUGGCUCUAUCUGUGAUGACUGGUUGGUUAUGGCCUGCUGCCCGUUAUGUGGUCUCUGCCAGAUGGCUCGGGAACAGAAGAUGAGGGGCUAAAUAGAAUCAAAAUGGCAGAAAUAGAGGGCCUAGUGGCUUUUUGAUGGCAAAACUUCCUCUUUCACAUAUUAAAGAUGUAUUCAGCUUAUAUUUUACCUCAAAGAAUGACAAACCUAUAAUUAUUUCAUCACUUAUAAUAUUUGUUAAAAAAACAUGACAGACAGAUUUGAAAGGAAAAAGACACAAGUAUGCACUAAUGUAUUCUGCGAAAAAAAAAAAAGGUAAAGUGGCACGAACAAUUUUUAAUCAAAGCAGAGUUUAAAAGAUGGCUCUCAAUUUUUUAUUUUUACUUUGCAUCCCACAUUAAUUUGCAUAAAUGAAUCACUGGGUUUAUGCAAUGGCACAGGUCAUACACAAUUUGAAACAAAAAUUAGAGGGACAAGGAAUUAAAUAAGCUAAAUACAUCUUUAAUUUCCUGAAAAAAUAAUACCUAUUCAGAGAACUAUUUUAUUAUAGACUGCCUUGCGUUCUUAUUUUAAGCAAUUUAUUAUUAUUAUUAUUAUUAU